CAGCUGUCACGUGACCUCUGAUCGCCCAACAUGGCGGAUCGGCUCUGACGCUGUUGCCAUGGAGACGGAGCACCAACAGCCCGCCGGGCGCACACACACACAGCUUUUCGCUCACCAGAUACCCCGAGGUAGGACUGACCUCUCAGAUAUUAAACAAAGCAGCAGCAGAGUGAGGAGGAGGAGGAGGGGGAGGGAUCAUGCCGAAGAAAGCAAAGAAAGGUGGAGGAGGUAAAGGCGGUGGAAAGACGGAGGAGGAGAGACUGCUGUACCUGCAGCAGAGAGCUCAGGCCGAGGAGGAGAUGGCCAAGAAGAAAGAAGAGAUCCUCGCUCUGUUUCUGAAGGACAAGUUGCAGAAGGAACAGAAGAACACUGCAGUCAACUUGCUGAAGCUGAACGAUAGCUGGCGGGCGAUUCUCCGUCAGACUCGAGCCGCUGAGCUGCGUAAAGACAUCACGGUGCUCAGUCAGACGUUUGAGAGACACCUGGACGGCCUGGACAGCGUCAUCCAGAAUCUGCAGCGAGACCUGCAGGAGGCGGAGCGUCAGUCGGCUCGGGUGCGCCGUCUUCACCUGCAGCAUAUGGAGAGUCUGUGGGCUCAUCAGGACAAACGGCUCAAGUUCGUGCAGCAGCAUUGGGAGGAAUGCCUGCAGCACCUCAGCUCCAGGUUCAGCUCGGAGAGGAAGCAGCUGUUGGCACACACUCAGCGGCAGCGAGCCGAUCUGGAAGACGCGACGUUCACCGUGGAGCAGCAACACGAAGUAAUGAUGACCGAAAUCCACAGACUGUACGAAGAAAGCAUUGCAUUGUACGAGAGCGCUCACGAAGAGAGGAAGGUUGGUCUGGUCCUGGAGGACACGGAGAAGAUGAAGGAGAUGAGCCUUCAGAAACAGGAGGCUCUGGAGCUCUGCGGCAGAGAGACACAGGUGCUCAGCACCCUGCUCUCCACACACCGACGCUUCAUCCAGAUGACCGACGCAGACAUGAAGAAGGUGAAGAGGCUGCAGGAUAUUGUCAUCCAGCUGAGGGAAAAGAUGAACUCCAGUGAGACACAAAACCAGUCGGUGCAACAAGAUCUGACAGCCGCCAGAAACCAGGUGAACCAGAGGACCCGUAAGCUUCGGGACCAGCUGACUCAGGCUCACACAGCUGCGAGGAAACAGCUGACUGACCUCACCGUCCAGAGCAACAACGCCGCCAAGAAACUGCAGGCCGUCAUCGCCAAGGGUGAGAGAGUUUUACGAGUCGCUGAAAUGUGUCGCAAGCUGGAGAGCGAGCAGAAGGAAGUCUCAUCAACAUUAUUCCCUGCAGAGGAACUCCGGCAGGAGAGAACUGGACCGGAGGAGGAACCAACAAAGGAGCCUCCGGAGUUGCAGCGGGUGACGUGGUGCGUCAGCGCCGCCGUGCUGCAGCGAGAAGCUCUGAAGAAACACAAAGACGACCUGAGCCGAGAGAACCAGCAGCUGAGGCUUCUGCUGCGUCAGCACCUGGACGCCAUGACGGUCAGCGGCGACGCCCUCGACGGACGCCACGCUCUGCUCACCGUGCACCAGGCCCCGACCGCCGCGGCCCCGCGGGACCCCGACAGACGCCACACCGUCAUCGAGGCUGUCCACGCCGUCAGACACUCACUGUAGGACGGUUACUGCAGAGGAAACAGCGGGUGGCUUUCAACCAUAUCCGCUAGCCUUCAUGUUGCAACAGCGAAGGGACAAACACAAAGCUGGAAGAACACUGUUGUGUGGUCCUGAACGCAUCACGGUCACUGAGCUGCUCCUCAAGUUUGUUACAGACAGAAAUAUGUUUUCAACUAACAAUUCUUUUCAUUAUCGAUUACUGUUCAGUCGCUCAGUCUGUAAAAUGUCCGAAAAUAGUGAAAAAUGUCUGUCGCAACUUUUUAAAGCCCAACGUGACGUCUUUAAAUGCCUCGUUUUGUCCAAAACUCAGAGAUUCAGUUUACUGAGAUAUAAAACAGAAAACACGAGACACUGAAGAAACGUUUCAUUAGCAAAAUAGUUGCCAAAUACUUUUCUGUUGAUUGACUAAUCAAUUAAUCAACUCCCAGUAAGUUCUAGUAAGAAUAUUGAAAACAUGAACUCAACAGAUGGCAGGAAGUCAGGAAAAAACUGUCAGGUGGUGAUGUGUAGUCCUCGUGGUCCCGGAUCAGGACCGUGAUGUGUAGUCCUCGUGGUCCCGGAUCAGGACCGUGAUGUGUAGUCCUCGUGGUCCCGGAUCAGGACCGUGAUGUGUAGUCCUCGUGGUCCCGGAUCAGGACUGACUAUUGUCUAAAACAGUUGUUUGCAACCUUUCUGCCCUCGUCAAAGGUUUAAAUUAAUAUGUAGCACUAAUGAGUGAUUGUCUGCACUCAGACUGUUUAAUGUGAAUAACUAAAGAGCCUCAAAGAAGUAAAACUGUCGAGUAUUUUACAAAAAAUAGUAAUGAUCAUAGAAAAGUCUGAAAAAAUAAACAGUUUUGUGUUUUUGAUUCAUUCCUCUCCCAUCAAUCAUCUCACGACCCCUCUGAUUUAUCUUGUGACCCUUUUGGGGUCAAGACCCACGGGUUGGGAACCACUGGACUAAAAUAUCGUUGUAUGCUGCAGCAUCAAGACUUCUCUUCUUUGAAACUAAAAGAGUCCAAACCAGGAAGAACGGAGCCAGGACUCAAGGGACCCCGAAGUAAGCCCGGGGUGUCCACAUACUUUUGGCCACGUAGUGUAAAAGCAGUGAGUUGUGAGGUUGUUUAGAUUUUUUGGAAAAUCUACAGAAUCUUUAACUGAAGCUGCUGGAAAAUUAAAGUGUUCAACUUUGCCUCAACAUUUUAUUUUGGUGGUGCAUUUCCUGAGGUUUUUAAAGCAGCGAUAAAUUAUAAUUAUAUAUAAUUAAUUAUAAAUUCAAAUCAAAGCAGUCGACAGCGUGGAUACAGAAAGAUCAGCGGAGCAGCAGCCUCUGUACAGGUACACCAUUUAAUAGUUAUUAUAGACAUUUUAUAUACAGCUGUAUUCCGCUAUGUGGUACAAUCUUUAAAAUCUGCUGUUUCAUAGUUUGUAAAUCAAAAAAAAACAAACUUA